CACUGCUUUGCUCCUGAAGAGUGUCCAGUCAUUCUGCGUUAGCAUUAGCGUUAGCUGUGCGUUCGGCUCCGGGUCAGUGCGCGGCGUUUCGGGGUGAUUUGUGGUAUUUAUUUCGGGGUUAUUUUACUCGGAGGGUUGAAUUAAGCUCCGGAUUUCGUUUCGUGAUGAAGGAGUUGACCGCGAAGAAGCGCGACAGGGCUCGGGAGAGCCGCGGGGAGAAGCAGAAGGAGCCGGGGCCCGAGAGCGCGGCGGCGGAGCCCGAGCCCGAGCAGCCGGAGGAGGAGAGCGGGAGGCAGGACCUGAACACCCUGGAGGAUAUCCGUGAGCAUGUGAAGCAGAUCGAGAAGGCCGUGUCCGGUAAGGAGCCGCGGUUUGUCCUGCGUGCGCUGCGAGCUCUGCCCUCCACCAGCCGCCGCCUCAACCUCAACGUGCUGCACAAAGCCAUCUCGGGCUUCUACACCUCCAACGCCGCCAGCAAGGAGUUCCUGCUCGGCUUCCUGGAGGAGCCCAUGGACACUGAGGGAGACGUGCAGUUCAGGCCUCGUACUGGUAAAGCGGCGGCCACCCCUCUGAUCCCUGAAGUGGAGGCUUAUCUUCAGCUCCUGUUGGUGGUCUAUCUCACCAACAACAAGCGCUACACUGAGGCUCAGAAGGUGUCGGAUGACCUCCUGCAGAAGAUCAGCUCUCAGAACCGCAGAGCUCUGGAUCUGGUGGCGGCAAAGUGCUACUACUACCACUGCCGCGUCUACGAGUUUCUCAACCAGCUGGACGCCGUGCGCAGUUUCCUGCACACGCGCCUGAGGACGGCCACGUUACGACACGAUUCAGACGGCCAGGCUACACUCCUGAACCUGCUGCUGCGCAACUACCUGCAGUACAACCUGUACGACCAGGCUGAGAAACUGGUGUCCAAAUCAGUCUUCCCAGAGCUGGCCAACAACAACGAGUGGGCUCGCUACCUCUACUAUACAGGACGUAUUAAGGCGAUCCAGCUGGAGUAUUCUGAAGCCCGGAGGACUCUGACCAAUGCACUACGCAAAGCCCCCCAGCACACCGCCGUGGGUUUCAAACAAACUGUGCAUAAGCUGCUGAUAGUAGUGGAGCUGUUACUGGGGGAGAUUCCGGACCGGCUCCAGUUCCGCCAGCCGUCUCUGAAGAGAUCUCUCAUGCCCUACUUCCUCCUCACUCAGGCGGUGAGGACUGGGAAUCUGGCCAAGUUUAACCAGGUCCUGGAUCAGUUUGGAGAGAAGUUUCAGACCGACGGCACCUACACGCUCAUCAUCCGCCUGCGACACAAUGUGAUCAAAACAGGUGUGAGAAUGAUCAGCUUGUCAUAUUCCCGCAUUUCACUGGCCGACAUCGCUCAGAAACUGCAGCUGGACAGCCCUGAGGACGCAGAGUUCAUCGUGGCCAAGGCUAUCCGUGACGGAGUGAUCGAAGCCAGUAUAAACCAUGAGAAAGGCUACGUUCAGUCGAAGGAGACCAUGGACAUAUACGGCACUCGCGAGCCUCAGCUGGCCUUCCAUCAGCGCAUCUCCUUCUGUCUGGACAUCCACAACAUGUCUGUCAAGGCCAUGAGGUUUCCACCCAAGGCUUACAAUAAAGACCUGGAGUCUGCAGAGGAGCGAAGGGAGAGGGAGCAGCAGGACCUGGAGUUCGCUAAAGAGAUGGCAGAAGACGACGACGACAGUUUCCCAUGAUCCAACAGGGCAGAAGAAGCCCGACCCGUGUUUUUCCUCUUAUUUCUUUAUCUAGCCUUCUGUUUUGCUCCAGUCCUCUCUAAACAAACGCCCGGCGCUGACGCCAGCCCAUUCAGUACAGUUCAUCUGCCCACAGCCUGGACCUAAACCAGCCUGAAUCUGUCCUGCUUUUGUAGGUGCUUAACUUUCAGCACAGUGUGUGGGGGGGCCAAACACACUGGGACCCUUAGAGACAGGACCCAUUAAUGUCUGCAUUGGACCCCUUAUAUAACUACUUACCAUUGACAAUUAGCUUACAUUACAACACCAGCUUGGUUAUGACACAGCAGUAGCAACUAUCAAGCAAAUUGCAAGGUAAUUUUUUAAUACCUGAGGCCCCUGAAGUUCUAGUUACGCUGCUGCAUCACCUGUUCAGUUCAAAGACGUUUCUUUAGCCUUUCAUUAACUCUAUAAUCGGAGCCCAGCAUAUCAGAACUAAAUUAGAGAAUCCAGGGCAUGGAAACCAAAGCUGAAACCAUAGCUUGCAUAAACCCCAGAUUCAGGAUGACGUGUGCCAGGCUGUGGUCACCGAUGUAAAAUCCACUCAGUAUGAGAUCCGUCUCUUUUUUUUGCAAUCUCUUAUGCAUUACUGCGUAUGGUUGGAAUGACAGAACGUGAAACUGAAAAAACGAGACAACCGUUCUGCUUUCGCCAACCACUUUUUUCCAAGGAAAAGUAGUCAUAGCCUUAUUACGAGUCACUCUCAGACAGUUUAACAUUUCCCAACCUGAAAUUUUGCGAGCUGAUGUAAGCUGGCUGAUAGCCAAGACACUGUAUAGUAAGGGGACUCUUCCUGUUCUACCGAAGACAAUGUGUGUGGUUUGUUUCGCAAGAGGUGAUUGAGUGUACAAUUAAAGUUUCUUUUCUAUGAAUAACA